AACCUUAAUCCUUAUCACAAACAAAAUUUACUGAGAAAUGCAACUGGCGCUGGAAAUAAUCCCAUUCAAUAAACAAAAUCUCAUUUCUCUUUUUCUUUUUGGGUUUUUCUUCUUACCAAACAAACGACGAAACAUCCAUGUAACUUCUAAUUAUCAAAUUAGCAUAAAUGGCGGUUGCUAUGGCUUCUGGGAGUUUAGCAGCAGGAGCUCACACUCUUUGUAGAAGUAAUGAAAUCCCUUUUUCUGCUAAGGCCGUGUUUGGUUUCUCUGCUCGGAAACUCUGCAUUUUACCCAGGCAAAAAUUAUCAGGUUUAAAAAUGCCUAUUACUAGUCCUCAAGCAUCCUUGUCUGCAACUGUGGAGGAUGGAAGCUACCGCGAAACUGAAGAUGUUCCGACCCCAAAAGUUAUAAUUGAUCAGGAUACGGACCCAAAUGCAACUGUUGUAGAGAUAACUUUUGGUGAUCGUUUGGGUGCUCUUCUUGAUACUAUGAAUGCACUGAAAAACCUUGGGCUCAAUGUGGUGAAGGCAAAUGUCUUUCUGGAUUCAUCUGGGAAGCACAACUCCUUCGCCAUCACUAAAGCGGAUACGGGAAGAAAGGUUGAUGAUCCGGAGUUGCUGGAAUCCAUUCGCUUGACUAUUAUUAACAAUUUGCUUGAAUAUCACCCGGAGUCAAGUGCUCAAUUAGCGAUGGGAGCAGCUUUUGGAAUUACACCUCCAAAAAUAGAGGUUGAUGUGGAUAUAGCAACACACAUAAGUGUUGUUGAUGAUGGGCCUAACCGCAGCUUGCUGUAUGUUGAAACUGCUGAUCAUCCUGGACUACUGGUGGAUCUCGUCAAAGUGAUUACUGACAUUAAUGUUGCUGUUGAAUCUGGAGAAUUUGACACUGAGGGCUUACUUGCAAAGGCCAAAUUUCAUGUCAGCUAUCGCGGUAGAGCGCUUAUAAAACCUCUCCAGCAGGUUGUUGGAAAUAGUCUGCGGUACUUCUUGAGACGGCCAACUACAGAGGACGCAAGUUUUUAACUGCGCUGAAAAACCAAUGAAAUCUAAUAUAACAGGUAUUAUCUUGUUAUGGUUCAAGUAUUGUAGCUAUUCUGGGCUGCAAGUGUUGUGGAAUUAUCAAUUAAGAUGUAGAAAACAAGCGCAUUUUUUUGAAUACACGAUUCAUGUAUCAGCUUCCGUAAAGUGAUUUAUGUAAACUUUUGGUCAUUGUAUACAUGGGAAAUUUACUACCACAAAAAGUUUAUGCAGAAUCUUUUUGACAUUAAA